AUGACGGGUUGUUCGUUUUCUCAAUCAUCCUCGAAAUACUCGUCGGGGUCAUCUCAGUCAGCGUUCGUGGAGUUCUUCGCGCACUUAUCCGAGGAGAAAAUCAACCACUUGUAUACGAUUUCCCCGUGGGCGACCUUGGCGGUGUUACGAGCGUUGACGCCGUUGGCGAAACAAUACAUCAUGCGAUGCGUGUUUUUACCAGAGGGUGCGAAACAGCGCACGAGAUGGCGAUUGAAAGCGUUGGUGCAGCUCAGAGCGUUCGUGGAAGUUGAAUCGCACUCUUCAGAAGAAGAAGGGAAGAAGGAGGAAAACGCUUCCAAAGGAGGAGGGUUUAUCGUCCACGAACACUUCCGGAAACACGUGAAACGAGCAAUCGAGAGAGGUUUCGAGGAUUUAGACGACGAAGAAGAAGAAGAGAAAGAAAACGAAGGAGAAAAGAAGAAGAAGAAGAAGGCGAACGUAAAAACGACGAAUACUACAUCUACCACAACCACUCGGUUUAAUGAAGAAGAUGCGGGGUUUUUAGAUCACUACGCGAAGAGUCGAUGGGAGACGGUGUUGCUCGAGUUGACGUCCGAGGCGUCCGUGGAGAAGAAGAGAAAGAAGAAGAAGAUGAUGAAGAAGAAAGGAGACGGCGGCGCGGGGGCGCAACACGCUCUGCACUUGCGAAAGUUGUUCUACGCGGCGAGACUGAUUACGAAAGAUGGACGAAUUACGAGCGAGGGAUUCUCGUUUCUGUUAGGCGCGACGUCGGAGCAGAUUUGGAUCUUAUUGGCGAGGUACGCGAGAGGCGGAGAUUUCGAGAAGAAGAUGAAGAAUAAAACAACAAACGAAGAAAACGGCGAGGGCGACAAGAUGGAAACGAAUGGAGAAGAUGAAAAGCAACAACACAAACUCAAGAGCGACGAAUCAUCCGCCGCUGCCAUGGCGUUUUUAGUUCGACUUUCGUUUCAACACCCGGGGCGCAAAUAUUCCAAAGCGAAUCUCUCCGAGGCGGAAAGACGCGUGGCGAGUCAUUUAAGCGCUUUAGGCGUUUUAUACGAAAAUGAAGACGAUGAAAACGACAACAACUGGUACGUGCCUACCGUUUUAUCGGCUGGUUUAUCGAGCGUUUCGACGACGUCUUCGGCGAAAUCGGCGUUAGCGCGCAUCGACGGACACAUCAUCGUGGAGACGAAUUUCAGAGUGUACGCGUACACACACUCUGAACUAGAAACGGAAGUUUUACGUCUAUUCACUCGACCGGAUUACAAACUUCCAAACGCGUACGUCGGUAUGAUUACGCGAGAUUCUAUUCUAGACGCCAUGCGUGCCGGUAUAUCGCCCGAUCAAAUCGUAAACUAUCUCCAAACGCGAGCGCACCCGAGGUGUACGAUCGGUAAGAGACCAAACCAUCCGGCGGUACCGCCGACGGUGUGCGACCAAAUCCGUCUCUGGGCGCGCGAUUUGUACAGAGUAAAAGCCGAUGAUUGCGUCAUGUACACGGAUUUCCCAAUGCAAGGCAAUCAGUUCCAAGAUGCCGUCAACAACGCGAGAAACGUUGGCGCUCAAAUUCUUUGGAUGGACGAAAACAAGAGAAGAUUCGCGGUUGAUGCAGAUUCGCACGAACGAUUGAAAGUGUUUUUGUGA